AUGGUUACACGGAAACACGGCAGCCAAGGCCUCUCGAUAAAGACUGCCUCCACCGUCUCCUCCCCCGCCUCAUCGCUGGCCGAGUUCGACGCCGACGACGUCAAAAUGGCCAUGACCGACGUCCAGCCCGCUCCCCUCACCGUCUCAAUACCCAAGAACAUAGCCAGCCCACAAUGCCGGAAGCCAAAUCUCUCCGAGAUCCUCGCCAACACCGCACCGCCGCCCUACACACUUAGCUCCUUCAUGGCCUUCCUCUCGCAGAAUCACUGCUUAGAAAACCUCGAAUUCACCAUGGACGCUUCGCGCUAUCGCAAGCACUACUCAAAGAUGGUCAACCGCCAUCCGGGCAGCGCAAUCUCGCCCUUGUCCGACGAGUGCACCUACGUGCUUAUGCUCUGGCGUCGCUUGAUCGACGCUUACAUCAGAGAAUCAGGCCCGCGAGAAGUCAAUCUUCCUGCUGAAGUCCGUGACAACCUUCUAGGCCUCUCUGAAUCAUAUGUCCCACCACACCCCUCGUCCCUCGACGAGGCUGUGUCUAAGAUUUACGAGUUGAUGGAGGAGAGCGUGCUGGUCUCGUUCCUCAACUCUGCUAGCCCACAAAGCGCACAUCCCACCAUGAGCCACGACAACUACGACCCCACCCUCACCCGGUCUUCUACCCGGAGCUACGAUGAGCGGACUCUGCUUGCUCGAAGCCAGCAGCCGCAUCUUCCUGUCCACCAGCGUGCAUCUGCACCUUCAUCCCUCACAGCCGGCUUCAUGGCCAGCCGUCCCUUCUCACAUUCCAGAUUCCAUUCACAGCCGACCUCAUCUGGACCCCAUACUACCCGUGUUACAUCAGGCUACAACAGUGGCAGUGAUGCAUUGACGGACGACUCGGGAAGCGGAAGCCCAUCUGGCAUGAGCGAUCCUCUUACACCUCCUGGGACUCCCCCAAUGAGCGACUACCACAUGUCGGACUACCAACAGGCUUACUACGAGAGUGGCUCAAACAGUGGCACGCCUAGCCCGCGCACGAGUCGCGGCGAGCAUAAUGGUCUCGCUAGCGCCACAAGGGACAGCUGGAAGCGAGUCAGCAGCAAACUUUGGCCCAAGAAGAAGAGCGGAGGCCAACUCCGCGAAGACGAACCUGGCGUCGUCGAGGGAGGCUUGUUCUAA